CCCGGCGGGAGACCUUGACCUCUGCAUUGUGCUAGCGUCUCAAUUGUCGGACAGCGGCCCGUUAGACCCAGGCAGCCUUGGGGAAAAAGGGACAUUGUGUCUUUAAAGUUCGGGCUCACAGUGUGCAGCGGGUUUGUUCAUUGUUGGGAAGUCAGAGGAGCGAAGUGAGAUUGAUAAAGGGGAGCGGGACACGGUCUGUGCACAUCACAGAGCAACAGGCUUACAGAGAGCAGCUGUGCACAAAUAAACCUCCACAUCUCCCAGACAUGGCAGGCUGCUACGAGUGCUGCGUGCGCUGCCUGGGCGGAAUCCCCUACACCUCGCUCCUGGCCACCCUGCUGUGUUUCUCGGGCAUCGCCCUGUUCUGUGGCUGCGGGCACCAGGCGCUGACGGAGACGGAGAGGAUCAUCGAGACGUACUUCGCGCGGAACAUGCAGGACUACGCCACGCUGGCCUAUAUUAUCCAGUAUUUCCAGUACAUCAUCUACGGUCUGGCUUCCUUCUUCUUCCUGUACUGCAUUGUGCUCCUGGCUGAGGGCUUCUACACCACCAGUGCUGUGAAGCAGACCUUUGGGGAGUUCAGGAGCACUGCCUGCGGCCGCUGUCUCAGCACCACGUUCAUCGUGGUCACCUACAUCCUGGCCGUCAUCUGGCUGGUGGUGUUUGCCUUUUCCGCUCUGCCCGUAUACUUCUUCUACAACAUGGCCACGACUUGCCACACCAUCAACAUCCUGACGGAGACCUCCUCCAGCAUCAACCAGCUCUGCAUGGAUGCCAGGCAGUACGGACUGCUGCCCUGGAACGCCACACCAGGGCGAGUGUGUGGCAUGACUCUGGUGGCCGUGUGCAAAACCAAGGAGUUCUUCCUGACCUAUGACCUGUACGUCGCAGCCUUCACUGGAGCUGGGGCCACCCUCCUGGCGCUGCUGACCUACAUGAUCUCCACCACCUAUAACUAUGCCGUGCUGAAGUUUCUGGGCCGAAAGGGGAUAGGCACACGGUGUUAGCCUGCACCCCCCCACCCCCGACCUCUUCCUCGUGCUCAGCUCUGCUUCUUUGUGUGUCCCCCGCCCCCCCGCCCCCCCCCAGUCAAGGCCUGUUGGAGCCCCACGGCCGGAGCAUGAUGAAACUCUUCCGCCGCCCAGUCCUUGUGCCAGAGCAAAAAAAAACCAAACGAACAAAGGUGAAUGGAUGCAAGGCUCACGGAUUCUCCCAGUGGGGAAAAUGAAAAGGGGGUGUGAAAAGCACAGGCGAGCGUGGCCCCCAGUCUUCCAUCAGUGUAGAGUUGAAUACAGCUCCUCCCCCCGACACUCAAGCGCUUCACUCUCUUGAAUCCCAGAGAAAGGGGUGCGGUAGUGGGAGAUUCAGACAGGCCGCUGGCUUCCUCUUUUGUUUUCAGACGAAGUCCGUUCCUUUUUUUUUAAAAAAAAAAAAGAAAGCUGCUUAUUUUGGUUUUAAUAAAAAAAAAAACUUAAAACAGUGUAACCUUGAAGCUUUUUGGUCAUUACGUUGGUUUCUAAAACGGUGAGCUGGGGAGGGUAGCGGCAGGCAGCUGGGGUGUGGGGUGUGUAUUUCUGCUCACUCUCUUUCUCCAGCUGGCCGCUGUCUGUCGGGUCACUGCUUUGAGGGGCGUUCGCAGGCACUAGAGACCGGACCGCUGUUGAUGCGUUGCAUGGCUAACCUAGAGACGGUGGUUACCGUAGCAUCACAGUUGCUAUGGUGCUAGACCGCCCUGUGCUUACUUGCAUUUAGGUCAGGAACCCCUUCAGCAGAAGAGUUCCCUUCUCUCAUAAUUCCUGGGAGCUCUUUUAAAAUCCAGUGCAAAACCAAACACCACACGUUUCCAAGUUAACCCAUGUGGAAGUGAAGGCCUUUCUGACUAGAUGCCAAAACCUGAUUCUUAAAUCCCACUUCCUGUCAUUCUGAAUUCUGAAUUUACUCAUCUUUGAAUGUUUGAAUGUUCCUGACCGGUCUCAUUUCCAGUUCAGCAUGUUUCAGAUCUGCAUCAGCACCUGUCUGUCUCUAUAAAACACUGACUCCCCUCUGCUUCUUCUGUUCUGUCUGCUGUGUUCUUAAUGGCUCAGUGUUUGUGCUGUUUAUCACAAUGAAUUCAAUUUGUAAAGCAACUCGGUUCUGUAUCUUUUGUAAGGUGCUGUCUAAGGGGGUAAGGUUAAGCAAUAGUCUUACUUACCCCACGUAAGAAACAAAAAAUGGAUUUCUAUACUAAGCAAAAACAAUUUAGGUAUAAAACGAGAGCAUCCUAUAUAUGAUCUAAUGUGUUGCAAUUAAGCUGUGCCUUUUAUGUGAUUGGAGGGUUUCUUCUCAUCAGAGAGGGCUGAGGGUGACUGUCAGCUGGUGGGUCAUUUUGUGGUUUUGUCAAGAGGAAAUGAGACAAUAAAAGGAGGUCAAAGCUUUUAAACCUCA